CAAGCUGCCUCUACAGUCCCGUCUCUCCGUGAGAUCAUUAUCAACCGAACCUGACACACACGGAGCUAGAGCGAGCGAGCAAGCGAACAGAACACCCCCCCCCCAAUUCCGACCCACCGGGAAGGGAAAACACCAGUCUUCUGAUAACCAACACCUUCUCCCACUUUUACGCAUCCAACCACGAUCUCUCCAGUGACGUUACCGUUCAAUGUGGGGUUGGAGGCUAUUCGGAUACAAUCUGUGUUCUGCUGGUUUGUUUUCACUGCAGUAAAACGGUUUGCUCCGAUCCUCCCCCGGAGUCAAGGAUUGAGAGGGAAGCAGCGCUUAACUCGCCGACUGACCAGCCACGGACAUGGCGAUGGGAUCUCUGCAGUGGCCCUGUAAAUCUUGUGCUUAGUAAACCCGUAAGCAAGAUUUUUUACGCGCUAUAUUUCACAGGAAAAGGACGUAGAUUCAAUCUCAACCUUGGAUUUUUGUGAAAAUUGAUUUGAUUAUCAGAUCGGCUAUAAUAUUUUUUUGCCUUUUUUUCAGCGCACUGUUGACGCCAUUUUCCUCAGGUUUUCUGUAAAAAAAAAAAAAACUUGUUCCAUUUGACAGCUACCAAGGACGCUGUCAGUGCAGACGCCGGUUCUGUAAAUGUGACCAAAUGGAUUUUAAAUGAUCUUGAUAACAUAUUUACACGAUAGUCUCGAGUGUUCGACAACAUUGGACAUGGUUUGGCUCUGUUGGAUUACCUGUGUUCCUGUGGGACAACCAAUCCAGUAGCUACCGUUCCCAAGGCAACCCAGUCUGACGGACAGCCGCUCUCUGCAAACCUAUUGGCUGGCUGCUGCGGCUCUCUGGAUCCUGACUGGUUCUGGCGGGAGCGUGGAUGGAGCCGAGGGAUCUGGUUGGCUCAGCCCGACCCAAGGAGGCGGAGUUAGGAGGCGGAAGGGCUGAUCCUGAAGAGGAAGAACAGGAAAGAGCGGGGCUGGGGCCAGUGUCGCGGGGUGAUGAGGUCAUUGGCGAUGUGAUGGGCGAGCGCUGGGGGUCCCAGGGGGAAGGGGAGGGGCUAGAGGAACAGGAGUUCUCCAUUAAAGAAGCCAGCUUCCAGGAGGGGAGUCUGAAGCUGAAGAUCCAGACCACCAAACGCAUCAAGAAGCCCCCCAAGAGUCUGGAGAACUACAUCUGUCCCCCAGAGAUCCGGAUGACCAUCAGACCCCCCUCAGGGGAGGGCCGAGGGGGCCGACUGGGGGGCCGCGCAGCACAGGACAAGGGACCCCCUAGGAAGAGGACCUAUGAGAGACCCUUCAAAGCAGCAGAACCUAGAGAGGGGGGGCUACUGCAACUACUGGGGGAUGUCACCCCCCCAAAACACCAGCCCAAGCCCUCUAUCCUACACACCACACCACUGCCCCCCCACACACUCACAUACCAACCCCAACAGCAACACACACAGCCACAAAGGUUCACACACCAACAUACACACAAUCCAGCCUGGGCCACGCCUCCCUCCGCAUCUCCAGCCAAUCCAGCGCAUGCGGAGCCUAGCAGAGAACCAGCGGGAGCCAAUAGGAGCCCUCUCUCUGACCUGGCCCCUUCCUUCCUCAAACCUCCAAUGAAGAGAGUCCCAGGAAGCCCCUCCCCUCUCUCUUACAGCCCAUCCCCCCAUCGACACCUGAGCCCUGAUCCCGUGUUGCCCGUAGUAACAGACGCUAGCAUUCUAAACCUGACCUCUCUCUCCAGAGGGCGGGGCUUACAGGAGGUCAGUGAGCAGCUGUUUGGAAACAUCAAGAGGAAGUACGGCAGGAAGGACCCCCAGAGGACUCAGGGUAAUACCCACAAUGCAGAGCUGCCAUGGGGGAGGAGGGCAGAGAAAGAUGCGGAGAGUCCAAUAGUUCCAGAUGAAAGGCAGAAGUACAGGAGGGAGGAGACCCCUGAGCUGGAGAGAGAAGAGAAGGAGAGGGAGAGCACAGGAAGGACAGGAGAGGAGGAGGAGAGGGAGAUGCCAACUCUUGGUGCUCCUGUGCUGAUGGAGGAGGGAAAAGGGAGGAAGAGGAGGAGGAGGCGGUCUCUCCAGGAGUCACUCACCCAGGAGGACCAAUCGGAGCAGCUGCAGGGCACUGACAUCACAGAGAGGAAUGAAUCAGGGCCUCCGGAGCCCAAAGUGUCCCAUAAAAUGAAGGGCCACAAGAUGGAAUCAUACAGGAGUGAGUCUAGGUCAGGUCGGGGUGGGGAGGGUAGCCAGCCGGAGGCAGACGGGGACAGAGGAGAGAAUGGGGAGAGAGCAGACAGAGCAGAGAGAGGAGAGAAAGGAGCGAGGGGAGACAAAGGAGAGAAGGCGGAGAAAGGAGAAAGAGGAGAGAGGGGGAUGAGUGGGGCCGACAUGGAAUCAGCCAUGAUCCAGAGCUGGGUGAGGAAAAACCCAGUUGGCCGUCCUAGAUCAUCCACAGAACCCCACAAACACCCUGACCCUAACCCUAGCCCCAGAUUGCCAAGCCCUAACCUCAACCAUAUCCAUAGUCCAAGAUCCACUCUCAACCCUAACCCUAUACUACCCAACCUAAGCCCCAGCCUUAACCCUAACCCCAACACCAGCCCAAAACUCAUCCCUUACCCCAGACCCCCCCAAGACCAAGGACCGGUGGUCCUACCUCAAGUCCCGAAGCCCCCCCCGGCCUGA